UCGGGCCCAAAAAGGGUUUUCGAAGCUCUCUUCGGAAAGAGGAAAAAAAAAGAAGGAAGAAAUCUUCUUCUCUGCGAUCGUUGUUUGGGAGGGACGACAGAAGAUUCCACAGGGAAAGAGGCGGAAAAUCUCAUACCAAACUCAACAAAAGAAAGAAUCGCCGGUUUCUUCUUUCAUAUACAAAGAAAAUAUCAUAUACACAUACAUACAUAUAUAUAGUAAUGGGGAGACAGAAAGGAGAAGGAGCCAGAAGUAAGGCUCGUCCCUCAAGCAGCAGUAUGGCUGCUUCUCUCUUGCCGUCGGGUGCUACGGCCGUUGGAUUUGGAGGCUAUGUGGGUAGUUCUCGGCUGGAUUCUUCUUUCACAGGCGAAGAUGCAAGCAAUCCACUUUUGGAUAUGGACGGUGAAGUGGCACAACACUUAAAGAGGCUUGCGAGGAAGGACCCGACCACCAAGCUUAAAGCUUUAUCAUCUCUGUCUUUGCUACUCAAACAAAAAUCGGGGAAGGAAAUAGUGCCUAUCAUUCCUCAAUGGGCAUUUGAAUACAAAAAGCUGUUGCUGGACUACAAUAGGGAGGUUCGGCGAGCUACGCAGGACACCAUGACUAAUCUUGUCACUGUUGUUGGAAGAGACUUGGCUCCUCAUCUGAAGUCUUUGAUGGGACCGUGGUGGUUUUCCCAGUUUGAUCCAGUUUCUGAAGUUUCUCAAGCUGCAAAGCAUUCAUUGCAGGCAGCCUUUUCAACACCGGAAAAGAGAUUAGAUGCCUUGAUUUUAUGUACAGCUGAAAUAUUUAUGUAUUUGGAAGAGAAUCUAAAGCUCACGCCAGAGAAUAUGUCUGAUAAAGCAGCUGCUUCUGACGAAUUGGAAGAUAUACACCGGCACGUGAUCUCUUCAUCAUUGCUCGCAUUGGCCACUCUUCUUGAUAUAUUAGUGAACUUGCAAUUUGAAAGACCUGGCUUUGAAAAUGUAACUGCUGAACCAAAACAUGCUUCAAAAGCCAGGGCUGCAGCUAUUUCUUAUGCAGAAAGGUUGUUCACUGCUCAUAAAUAUUUUCUAGACUUUCUGAAGUCUCAAAGCCCUGCUAUCCGUGCAGCUACGUAUUCGGUGCUUAGUAGUUUUAUUAAAAACAUUCCUCAUGUCUUUACUGAAGGAAAUAUGAAAACUGUUGCCACUGCAAUACUUGGAUCUUUCCAAGAAAUGGAUCCGGCUUGCCAUUCAUCAAUGUGGGAUACGGUAUUGCAAUUUUCCAGAAGAUUUCCAAGCAGUUGGACUACCUUGAAUAGUCAGAAAACUGUGUUGAACCGGUUCUUGCAUUUUCUUAGGAAUGGGUGCUUUGGCUCCCAGCAAGUUUCUUAUCCAGCUUUGGUUCUAUUUUUAGAUACUCUGCCUCCUCAAGCAAUAGUGGGAGAGAAGUUCUUCAUUGACUUUUUUGAGAACCUAUGGGCUGGAAGAAACCCAUCCCAUUCUUUAGCUGCAGAUCGAUUAGCAUUUUUCCUGGCAUUUAGAGAAUGUUUUAUCUGGGGAUUACGAAAUGCUUCAAGGUAUUGUGAUGGAGUAGAUGCCAUUCAUCAAUUCCAUGUUACUCUCAUUGAGAAGAUCCUUCUAAAGCAUAUGUGGUAUGACUACCUGCUGUUUGUCAGCUCAAAAGAUCCGGAUAGAGUCUCCUUGGGGCAGUCCAGGUAUCUGUCUAAGGGUAGCAUUCAACUUUCUCACAAGGAAACAAUUGACACUCUCAACGUUAAGUAUUCAAUAGGUUAUUUGCAAGAUUUGGGGAAGUGCAUUAUUGAAAUUCUUUCCGGCAUUUAUUCCCUUCAACAUGAUCUUCUCUUGCCUUUCUGUACAACAUUUCAAGAAAACUGCGUCGAGAUAAUUCAGCAAAUUGAUAACAUGCAGAGUACUACUGAUAAUAUUGAACGGGUCAUCAAGUUUUUGUUAUUAUUGGAGCAGCAUGCAGUGCAGAAAGGUGAAACGUGGCCCUUGGUUCAUUUAAUUGGACCAAUGGUGGCGAAGUCUUUCCCAUUGAUUAGAACACUCGACUCACCAGAUACUGUGAGGCUUUUGUCGACUGCAGUUUCAGUAUUUGGACCACGCAAGAUUAUUGGAGAACUUGUUUUCAAUGGAAGUGAUUCCUACAGUUGCAUUUCUGAUGAGAAAAACAGAGAAGUGGAUUCUGAGCAGUUAUUGCGAGUGUUGAAUGAAAUAUUUAUCCCUUGGUGCUUGCAAGAAAGUAGUUCCUCAAUCAGCGUUCGACUAGAUCUUUUGCUAGCAUUACUUGAUGAUGAAUGUUUUUCAGAAAAGUGGAAUAGUAUUAUUACAUACGCAACAAAUUGUGAACACUUUGGGGCCAGGCCUGGUGGUAUUCCAGACACCAACCACUUACUUGUUUUGGCAAUCUUUUUGGAGAAAACAAGAGAGAAAAUAAAAAAGAAGGCCGGAGUAGAUUUUGAUCACCUGCAAGGCUUCCAACCCGACCACUGGCAUCAUGAGCUUCUAGAUUCGGCUGCUGUUUCCAUUGCUCGUGCUCUGCCUCCCUUUGGAACUUCUGAUGCUCGGUUUAUGCAGGCUGUUCUUGGUGGCUCAACAGAGGAUGAUAAAACUUCUUUUGUGUCCAGUAAUGCAAUGAUCCUGAUAUUUGAGGAGGUUUUCAGAAAGUUACUCACUUUCAUAAUGGAUUCUUCAUUUUCUUGGGUUUCAAAUGCAUGCUCUUUAUUAACUGCUGCGGCAAAUGAUUCUGUUCCUGGAUUUGAAUCUUCUAUAAAUGUUCUUGAAAUGGCUCAUUUUGCAAUUGAAGUACUUGAUGGUAGCUUCUUUUGCCUAAAGACAUUAAGUGAGGGAAGUGGUAUGGUUCCAGAUGUUUUAGCUGCAAUUGUUGUGAUCGACUGGGAAUGUAGCAUGGCAGCUUUGUCCAGUGGUCGACUUGAUAAAGAUUGUUCAAAUAAAAUCAAGGCAAGGGCUGACUUGUCUGAAUUUGUGCAUGCGUUCCGUUGCAAGAUAAGUAAUCAGUUUGUUAAAAACCUAAGCUUAAACAAUCAGAAGAGAUUGGGAAGUGUUUUGAUUCAGUCUAUCAGGUUUGCCAUUCUCAAGGAAGAGAAAUUAGAAACUGAUCAAAUAACUUCUCUGUGCUGCCUUUGGAUGCUCGAAGUUCUUGAUUGUCUCUGUCAGGAUCAUUUUGAGGAACAAAAAUUGUUGGACCAGUUUCUCAGCAAGGGUGAUUUAUGGCCUUCGUGGAUCAUGCCAGAUCUCAGUAUUGGGGAAAGAUCAGCGACCUUGAAUCUCGAAAGCACUUCUACAAAUGCUAUGAAUCACAGAUUUGUUGCUAUGAUUGACAAGCUUAUAUCUAAAAUCGGGAUUGAUAGGGUUGUUGCUGGUUCUGUUUCACAUACUCUUCCAUCUUCAACUACAGAAGCAACGAAUGAAUUGAUCAGUGCUCAAGCUAAUAAUUCUCGAGCCUGGCUUGCAGCUGAAAUAUUAUGCACAUGGAAGUGGCAUGGCGGUAGUGCUUUGAGCUCUUUCUUACCUUUACUGAGUGCAUAUGCAAAUAGUGCAAACUAUUCUUCCAAAGGAAGCUUAUUAGAUUCUAUUGUCCAAGUUUUGCUAGACGGUGCUCUUAUCCAAGGAGCUAGUGAUGAACUAAGUUUUCCCAAUGUAUGGCCUCCUUCGUAUGAUCAAAUGGAAAGUAUUGAAGAACCCUUCUUGAGAGCUCUUGCAUCGUUACUGUUUACUAUUUUUGAAGAAAAAAUAUGGGAUAAAGACAAAGCUAUGUUGCUUUUUAAAUUGCUUGGAAGUAAACUUUACAUUGGUGCAGCAGUAAACUCCAAUUGUUUGAGGAUUUUUCCUCUGAUCAUGAGUGUCCUUAUUAGACCAUUGAGCAUUGGAUCUAAUGAGUCUGAUGGAAUUGUUCAACCUAAUCCAUAUGAAGAAAAUCAAAUGCAUGAUGCUAUCAAGGACUGGCUCCAAAGAACUCUAUCGUUCCCACCUUUAACUGCAUGGCAAACAGGAGAAGAAAUGGAAGAUUGGUUUCAGCUAGUCAUAUCUUGUUAUCCCUUAAGUGCAAUAGGAGGAACACAAAGAUUAAAGCCUGAGAGAGGUAUCAGCCAUGAGGAGAGAGCACUUUUACUUGAAUUAUUUCAAAAGCAGAGACAUGGAGCUGGUGGAUCAGCUACAGCUAACAAGCUGCCAAUGGUGCAGAUGUUGUUGUCAAAGUUAAUGGUAGUUUCAGUUGGGUAUUGUUGGAAAGAAUUUAAUGAGGAAGACUGGGAAUUUGUACUGUAUCGUUUAAGAUGGUGGAUUGAAAGUGCAGUUUUAUUGAUGGAGGAAGUAGCUGAAGAUGUGAAUGGUGCUAUAACAGACAGUGCUAAUUCUUCUAACAUGGAAGUUACACUGAAAAUGAUUGAGCAUACUGCUUCUGCUUUAAAACCUUCUCCUAUAAAGAUUGCUAGGAAUGCCCUUGCUGCAUUUUCUCUGUUUCUUGGGCUUGUUGAACUUCACAAGGAAGAAGUUGCAGAUGAUUUGAACCUGUUAAGAAGUGAGAGAUGGGGUGUUUUUAUAGAUCGGAGUCUAGAAGGUAUUCUUCGCUUGUUCUUUUCCACUGGUGCUGCUGAGGCUAUUGCGAGUUCAUGUUGUUAUGAGGCUUCAUCUGUUAUAGCAUCUACCCGGCUUGAUCAUCCUCACUUUUGGGAGUUAGUCGCUUCAAGUGUUGUCAAAUCCUCAACACUUGCUAGAGAUAAAGCUUUUAAAUCAGUUCAAAUGUGGGGGCUAAGCAAAGGGCCCAUAAGCUCUUUGUAUGCAAUCCUUUUUUCUUCCAAACCGGUUCCUUCUUUGCAGUUUGCUGCCUAUGUUAUUCUCUCAACCGAACCUGUUUCUCACUUGGCUAUUGUUAGAGAAGACACUUCAUGUCUCUUGGAUGGGGUUACCACUGAUGACCAGGAUUCGUCUCGUCUCGAUUUAUCUUCAGAACAAGAGGUUCAUUUGAGGGAGGAAAUUUCUUGCAUGCUUGAAAAAUUACCAUAUGAGAUUCUUGACAUGGAGUUGGUAGCACCACAACGUGUGAAUAUCUUUCUUGCCUGGUCUUUGUUGUUAUCACAUCUUCUAUCCUUAUCAUCGUCGUCGUCAGCAAGGGAGAGAUUGGUUCAAUAUAUACAAGAAUCUUCUAAUUCAACAAUACUGGAUUGCCUUUUCCAGCAUGUUCCAUUGGAGUUGUUGAGCUUGACACAUAGCCUAAAGAAGAAAGAUGUACAACUCCCUGCUGAUUUAUUGGACGCUGCCACUGCAGCAACACAUGCCAUCACUACCAGUUCAGCGUUGUUCUCUGUGGAAUCACUUUGGCCUGUUGGACCUGAGAAAAUGGUUUCACUUGCUGGUGCAAUAUUUGGUUUGAUGCUUUGUAUUCUUCCUGCAUAUGUUCGUGGCUGGUUUAGUAAUAUACGUGACCGUUCUACAUCAUCUGCGAUUGAGUCUUUUACAAAAACAUGGUGUAGCCCACCUCUAAUCUCAAAUGAACUAUCUCAGAUUAAGAAAGCUAGUUUUGCUGAUGAGAAUUUUUCAGUCAGUGUGAGUAAAUCUGCCUAUGAGAUUGUUGCUACUUAUACAAAGGAUGAAACUGGAAUGGAUUUAGUAAUUCGUCUUCCUGCAUCUUACCCACUGCGGGCUGUAGACGUUGACUGUACAAGGAGCCUUGGUAUUAGUGAAGUGAAGCAGAGAAAAUGGUUAAUGUCUAUGCUGUUAUUUGUUCGUAAUCAGAAUGGAGCUUUAGCUGAAGCGAUACGAAUAUGGAAGAGCAAUUUUGACAAGGAAUUUGAAGGUGUUGAGGAGUGCCCCAUUUGUUACAGUGUGAUCCACACUGCCAACCACAGCCUACCGCGCCUUGCUUGCAAGACCUGUAAGCACAAGUUCCAUUCAGCCUGCCUCUACAAAUGGUUCUCAACCUCUCACAAAUCAACUUGCCCAUUGUGCCAAUCUCCAUUUUGAUUUUAAAAUUCCAAGCCAUGAAACUCAUUAGAUUAUGGGGAAUGGUGACUAAGUCUUGAAUACUGGACUUUGUUGAUUUUGAUUGUUUGACACUGUAACUUGACACUCGACACCUCUAUACAAAAGCAAGCAAAGGUUGAACUAGUUGAAAGAGCUGGAGCAUAAAUUGAAGCAGGGAAAUGAGUGCUUGAAGUCUGUCAGAUGGUGAGUCUGCACCAUUCUAUGUUUCGCAUAUUGAAAUGUCCAAACCAGGCGAUGUUGUAGAGUUGAUUUCCCAAAAAAGAUUGUGAUUUUUGCGUUGUCCAAAUGGGUGUUGGUGAGCUGCUGGUAGUUUCAGAAUCCAGAGGGGACUGCCCCUUGUUAUUGAAGUUUAGCAGAGUACAUGUACAGUUGUUGUACAUUUAUCUAUUUGUAUUAAUAGUUGAUUUACACCCAGGAGUAGACGAAUUAUUAAAAACCAUAAUUAUCGAAGCCCGGAUUUGUUUGGUCAGUAUUUUGUUAUGUAAUGCUAUGGUAGAUUUUGUGAUUCAAUAACUCUUCAGUGUGACGUGUA